GCUGCUGCUGCCGUUGGAUUGGCGUGGUGGCAGCAGUGGUGGUGGUGCUGGUGGUGGUGGGGAGGUUGGUGUGCAUUUGCUGGGGUUUCUCUGAGCUUUAAGGGAGAGCUGGGUAAACCAAUCCAGAGAGCACACAAGGGGGGUUUCUCUGUUUCCCCGGCGAGGCUCAGGCGGCUGGAUUUUUAUCUCCCGGUCUCCAGGAUGAAGCUCUGCGUGAGCGGAAGCCGUCACAAAUGUCCGCCAAGGCGCAGGAUCAACGCAGGUAGAGUACUCAGUUAGUGCGUCUCCUUUGGGAAACUAACACAUAUGACGGCUCCCUGUGGUCAACCGCUAUAAACACAUGAGAGGGAAGGAACACAGACAAACCAUGAAAAAGAUAUACAUUGGCAAGACUGCCUUAAAAGUUCCCCGCAAUGGCAGCAAACAUCCGAAGAAGAGCUCUCUGCUGGAGCAGAAGGAGGACUUACGCAAAAGGCUUUCCUACACGACGCACAAGCUGGAGCUGCUGCAGAGCGAGUUCGACUCCACGCGGCAGUACCUGGAGACAGAACUGCGGCGAGCGCAGGAAGAGCUGGACAAGUUUACCGACAAGCUGCGCAGAAUACAAAGCAGCUACUCAGCACUGCAGAGGAUCAACCAAGAUCUGGAGGAGAAGAUCCAAAGAAAUUCUCAGCACCACGAUGAUGAGAAGCGAGCGCUGAGCAGAGAGAUCAUUGUCCUCAACAACCACCUGAUGGAGGCCAAGCUCACCAUUGAGAAGCUACAAGAAGACAACGAAAUGUACAGGAAGGACUGUAACCUGGCUGCUCAGCUUCUCCAGUGCAACGAGUCUCUUUACAGGGCGCAGCUCUCCGAGCUGCCGGCUGAUUUUCAAGAGCGGCUGACCAUGCACAUGGAGGAGUCUCCCAUCUGCCACACCUACUCCGACUCUGUCCCGGCCUCUCUCAUCGGCAAAGUGCUGGAGAAGCCAGACGAGGCCUGCAGCAGCAGCCAGGCCUCCCGCUCGCCCAGCCCCCAAACCCAGGACCACGCUUUCAUCUUGGAGAGCUUGGGGCCGGGGCAGCGGCUGGGGCUCCGCGCGGCCUACAAAUCUGACCUGUACAGCAGCGACACGGCGCUGUACUGCCCCGACGACCGCCAUCGCGAGCGGAGGCCCAGCAUGGAUCUCCACGGCCAGAGGAAGCUUCUGUACGGGCCCCAAAUCUCUACCGACAGCAACCCGGAGGAGGGCUCGGUGGGCGUGAGGGCCGGCUUUUCCCGGGAGCACUUUGCCAAGUUCCCUGCCACACUGCGCGCGGGCUCCAGCUCCUACUCCAGCUUCAGCGCAGGCGGGUCCGAAGACAAAGGCAACGGUCCGCCCAGCAGCGCCGCUUCCUCCCCGCACCACCACUCCCUCUACAUGGAGUGGAGGGAUGCAGGGGACUAUGAGAGAAAGAGCGACUCGUCCUGGGAGAGGGACAGUCCGAGAGGCUUCGCCAACCCCCACCCCUUCCAGCAGACGGAGCCGAGCCACCACCAGAACGGCAGCUCGCCCGUCUACAGCCGCACCAUGUCGUCCUGUUUCAGCGAGCCCUACGAGCCGCUGCCUCCCUCCUCGUCCCCGAGCGUCGCCUACGGGGACAGCCGUCGGGGCAGCACAUUCGCCCCGGAGGAGGAUGAGCUGAUCGGUCGAUGGAGACAGCUCAGCGUGGAGGACCUGAGCGCCCACACCUACCGCAGCCCCGGCCGGGCCUCCCCUUACAGCUUCUCGGAGCAGCACUUCUCCGUCCGGCCCUCCAAGAUCCGACUCGGCCCGCUCUACAGCAGCUUCCAGGAGGGGGCCGACUGUUACCACCACGGAGGGGGUGUCUCGGACGCGGCGUGGGCGGCCGGCAGCCCCAGCCCCGAAUGCAGCCCGGUGCUGCGGCAGGCCCACAGCCAAGCCCACCUCUACCGGGCCGAGGACAGCCAGGGGUCCGAGCACAGCCUCUACCACUCAGGGAGCUCCAAGGACAGGGAGGGCAACGAGGCGGCCGGCGGCCAGGGUACGGAAUACGUCGACCCCAGCCCCAACAGCUCCACCGAGUCUCUGAACCGCAGGUCCCUGGAGUUGGCCGCGGAGCUGCAGCACUACCAAGCGGAAAUGCACAGCCUGCCCCCGCAGGCGAGCCAAUCGCCGCCGCCGCCGCCUCCACCCCCGCCUCCGCCGUACAACCAGCAGUUUAGCUCCUUGGGACUCACCAGGAAGGACAGUCUGACCAAGGCCCAGCUUUAUGGAACUCUUCUGAACUGAAGAGGCGAAACCCCCGGUGCGCCCGGCUGGAACGUCAGUAAGCACGAUCCUUUUGAGGGAAAAUGGGUUUGGAUAGAAGCCAGAGGCCGAAUAAUUCAGUAUCAUGAACAUGUAACUAUUGAGUAUUUAAAAGCUUUGAUCGUACGGCAAUGGAUGGCUACAGUUUGCACUACAAUUGUCCUCAGCAAGUACUGUAAGUAUUGUUAAGAGUUGAUGGUUAGAAGCUCAAGCAGCACGUAACAUUUGUAUGAAUGUGUAUGUAUUUCAGUUACAAUUGUAUAAAUAUAUACUUAUAACUAAGAAUUUAGUGAUAUAUUUUGUAUGUAGCUGUUAGCAGGAUAUACCUCCAAAUCAAUCAAACAAAAUAUAAAUGCUCUUGAUAAACCUGGAACUUGUAAAUAGAUUAAAGACUGCCUAUCCUAUACACGAAAACUCUACAAAAGGUAUUUUAUUGAGAAUUGAUGCGUGUAGAUUCAAUUCUUAUUUUUGAUGGACUGAAGCAGUGCCGGCCUUGUGAGGCUUUGAAUGUUAAGGUUGAAAAUAUUAAAACAACAAAAUGAAUGAAUCACUUAAAUGAGAAACAUACUCUUUUAUCUUCUGUUAUUUAAAUUUGACGGUAUCGGUGAAUGUGUUAUAUUGUUAUUGAUGGAACAUUUGCAGAUCUGUCUUAGCCAUUGAUAUUACUUUAUUUUUGCUCUCUUAUAUCCCACGGAGAGUUUUUUCCUUUCUACCUCAGAUUUCGAUGCCCACACCCCAUCAAGCCAUUGUAAUCCUGUUUUUUUAUUUUAACAACAAUGCAUGUUUAUAUACUUUGGUUGUUUUGUUCGCCUAAUAAAGCACAAGUGAUACACAU